AUUUAGUAUAGAAAAGAUUGUUGAAAUGAAAAUGCGCCUGAGUCUAUGGAUAUUUGUUAAUUGUGUAAGCUGUCAAGUUUGAUGGUAAAUAUUAAUUAAUGACUUUCUCCAACUCCAAUCACAUCUCAAUGCUCAUUAUUAGCAAUAUCAUAAGCAUCAAGUCAAGAAUACCUAACUUUACCCCUUGAUUUUUCUGCUAAAUUUUCUUGGAAAAUCACAAUGGAUUCAGUGACAUCGUUAAACUGGUUAAUUUAUUUUUAAGACAUUUAAAAUUAAUCUUGGGUUAAGAAUAUUAAUUCACCAAAUAAAAUAAAUGUGAAGAGAUUUAGGCAUAAAUAAGAUAAUAACACUGACUUUUUAAAGACUGCGCCGAGUCUGUCUACACAAGCCACUCCCCACAAGCGUCCUUAGUUUGAUCCACCAUUUUGGGCCCAAGUCUGUUGGCAGCAUUAAUAACAUCAAUUGUUUUUUGGUUUAAGUUUAUUUUGUUUUAAAAACCAUAAUCAAGUUAAUUUUUAAUUGAAAUCUGUGGCAACCCAAUUAACAUCUUUAUGGCUGCCUUCAAGACUGAAGCGAGUUUUGGCAAUCAGCCGGAUGAUGUGUUGCAUGGUGAAACUUUUACUCACACGCUUAUUAGGGGGGAGAUUAAAGUAGGCUCUAGUUUUCAAGCUGAAAUACCCCAAGGAACUCUAGAAGCAUUGGGCAAAACUGAUGACAGAGUCAUGGAAGAACUAGAAACUUUAGUUUACCGACCCGAUAAUGGGUUGACUGAAAAGGAGAUCGAACAAUUUCUGACUAUUGCCAAAUCUGUUGGAACUUUUGCUCGCGCCUUGGAUAACUCUAGUUCAAUCAAGCAACCCAGUAUACAUAUGGCAGCUUCAGCAGCUUCCCGGGACGUUACACUAGCACAUGCGAUGAAUCUUUUGCAUCAAAACAAAUAUGACAUGGGUGCUGCUGUAUUGAGUCUUGUACCCGCUACUGGACCAGUUCUUUGUCGUGAUGAGAUGGAAGAAUGGUCACCUGCGGAAGCUAGCCUAUUCGAAGAAGCAAUGGAAAAAUAUGGCAAGGAUUUUCAUGAGAUUAAACAAGAUUUUUUAUCCUGGAAGAGUAUGAAAAAUAUUAUUGAAUAUUAUUAUAUGUGGAAAACAACGGAUCGAUAUUUACAGCAAAAAAGGAUUAAGGUGGCAGAAGCCGAGAAUAGAGCACGGCAACUUUAUAUUUCAAAUUUGAAUCAAAAGCAAUCGCUCGUCGAUAACAACGAAACUGUCGAUAAUCUCAGUACGAUGAGUGUAUCACAUGGAAAGCCAUGUGCUGGCUGUCACAAAACUUCAUCUUCUCAAUGGUUUCCAUGGAGCUCAUCACAUCUUUCAAAUCGUUUAUGUCAAAGUUGUUAUUUACAUUGGAAAAAAUACGGUGAACUUCGUAAUACAGCUAAAUUAGCCCCUGACACCGAAAGAAAUAACGCUUUUAGACCCAGCGAAGCUUCACAAGCAUCCUUUCCUUGUCGCGAAUGUGAUAAAGUUUUUAAUCGACAAGACCGGCUUAUUGCUCAUCUAGCCAUCCAUCAAAACCAUCGUUGUUCAAUCAUUGGUUGCAAUAAAGAGUUUAAAUUCAAAACACAACUAGCCAGGCAUUGUGCUCAAGCUCACGGAGUCGCAAUAAGAUCUGGUAGUCCUCGACCCAUAAUGAAAACAAGAGCUGCGUUCUAUCUCCAUACUACUCAUGCGGCUAAGCUGGCGCGAAGACUAUGUUCACAGAUUCUCAAAAUACGACAUGCUGCUCGUACACCUUUCGCUCCUAUUAAUGUUGCCCUCAUUAAACAAGAAUGCCAGGUUAAAUUAUCAGAGGGAGCUGCACACAUUAUACCCAAUCUCAAGCCGAUAAAUAGGGGUAAAGUUGUUGACAUAUCUCAGCGUCUUGGAACUCCAAAAAUGGAAUGUCCCGAAUGGCUGAUUUUAACACCCAAAGAUCAAAUACCUGUCCCUGAAAGAUUAGCUUUUCCACUACCUGAAAAAGGAAAAGAUGGACAAUAUAUCAGAUCUGUUGAGAAUAGAUCUGUUGACUUGAGCAGCAACACUGAAGGAUCUGAAAAUAAUCCUCCAGUAAUGUACAAAAACUCAGGCUCGAGGAGUAUUAAUAAUGGUUCAUCGAAUGUGAGAAAACGAACUCAUGACCAGCAGAAUGGCGGAUCAGAAAGCAAUUCAGGCAAUCCAGCGGUACAGUUGAAACGACGAUCUUUAGCUCCACCAAUAAUGUCCAAACCUACUAACGCUGAUAUCUAUGGAAUGGCUGGUAUGCCCAGAGGUGCAUCCGUUCCUUCCAUAAACGGCCGCCCUAAAGUUACCACCAUAGCUAGAGUAGGAGGAGGUGGACGUAAACAAAUGAUGAGCUGGUUCGAAGCUCCAGACGAUGUUUACUUUGUAGCCACUGAAUCCACUAAACGUUUACGAAAAGCAUGUAGUCUCUUAGAAUUGAGAAAAGGAGCUCGACGGCCUUGGAAAAAAUUAUCAAUCAAGACUUCUAGUAAUGCAAUAAAUAACAACCGUGGACAUAAUUUAUCGAAUGUAUCUAAUCAAGAAGCUACAGAAUUGACUAUGAUCCAAUGACAAUCAUUUGACUAAGAUAGAAGCUCAAAGGAACAAAGAUUGAAAAUUAUCUGAUCAUUAAUAACAUAUUUGCUCAUUUUUCUAAGGAAACAAACAAAAGAAACUUAUGUGACUAAAGAAAUUGGACUAAAAACCUUUAGAGGGUAUAUAUAAAUAUAUAUAUAAGUUUCAUCAAAUCAUCAUUAAUUUCAUCUUCAUAACGCACAUGCAUGGAUCAAAAAAUAUGUUUGGUAGUUAAAGUGUAUGGCUAAAUCAAAUGGCAUUCAUGCAUCGAAAGUGAUGGAAUCUGAUCGUCAUCAACUGACAAAAUUGAAUGUGGACAAUUUUUUUAUGGCUGAAGUAACUUGAUCCAAGUUGAUCUGGGGUCAAACACAAAUUAAAUUCAUCCUCAUCUAUUGUGUGGUUCACCUGUUCUGUUCUUUGAUUUUUGAGAAUGUUGAACAAAAGGAUAUUUUAUUUGGCCUUCCGAAGCCCAUUUUACAAAUGGUGAUAUAUUUAUGUGUAUAUGUCAAAUCAUAAUUCGUAAUAUGAAUUAACUCCUGGGACACAACGUGGUCUUGCAAUCAUCUUUAUUUCUCCCCAUUACCCCAUUACUCUAUCUCUUUCUCAGUCCCACUUCUUUUUAUACAAUCUUCAUCAUUUCUUCUGAUUUUCAUUUUUCAUCCUUUUCUCGAAAAUCAUCCACCAAAACUUGCUUUCGUUCUCAUUUUUGAAAGCUUUCAAGUUAAUGCUCUGUACGAGAAGAUCCAUUUUUACCAUGGAUCAAUCAACCAUUUCAUCCCUCUCCAUAAUCUGCCAUUUUUUAUCUCUUCCUUUCUUUGUCUUUUUUUCGUCAAACUCCCUUGAAUCUAAUCGCUAUCAUUAUUAUUAUUACAAUUACAAUUAUUACUAUUAUACAAAAAAAACAAUAUACAUGAACUGGAA